AGAGAGCUGCAGUGGUCGUGGAUCGGCGAGAGAGUGGAAUCAGCUGUUUAGUGCACAUGCUGUAAUACAUUGCUUAUGAUUUGAACUGGAAACAGGCAGUGUCUUAGCUUUUGAGGUGGUUAGAGAUUCGCUGACAGUAGACCAUCAGAAUGGCUAUCAAGUUAGUUUCAUGUAGACAAAUAUUUCGAAAUAUCGGUGUUGUCAAAGGCAAAUAUCAGUUUGACAACUGCGCAAAUCAAUGGACAAGAUCACAAAGUACAAUUUGUCGUGCAUUGGUGUAUCCAGAUUAUGGUGACCCUGCAAAAAUGCUCAAGGAACAAGAAAUAGAACUUAGGGAGCCCGAGGAUAAUGAGGUGAUGGUACGCAUGCUGGCCGCGCCGGUGAACCCGGCCGACAUCAACACGGUGCAGGGCUUCUACCCGCUGAAGCCGCCGCUGCCGGCGGUGGGCGGCAACGAGGGCGUGGGAGAGGUGAUGGCGGCGGGCGGUGCCGUCAAGGCUUUGCGCGUGGGCGACCGCGUCGUGCCGCGCCAUAAGGGCUGGGGUACGUGGUGCACGCACGUGCUCUGCCCGGAGGACCACCUCACCAAGGUACGCGCGUGUUACGAGGCACGAAGUCUUAGAUGGGAGACUCAAUCUGGAAACCUGGUUCAUUGGGUUUCUAAGGAACUAGGAAUUGCUGAAGCAGCGACGUUAACAGUCAAUCCAUGCUCCGCAUAUACCAUGCUCAAAGAUUAUGUAGACUUGAAACCAGGUGAUACUGUCAUUCAGAAUGCUGGGAACAGUGCCUGUGCCCAAUAUGUCAUUCAGCUUUGCAAAAUUUGGGGGCUGCGCUCUAUCAACAUUGUUCGCAAUCGACCGAAUAUUGAUGAACUGAAAAAGUUCCUCACGGACUUGGGGGCGACCUACGUUGUCACAGAAGAAGAAACUAAAAAUUUAGAUUUAUUUAAGAGCGGAAAAGAACCAAAACCAAAAUUAGCUCUAAAUGCAGUGGGAGGAAAGAAUGCCUUGGAUAUGCUUCGCCAUGUGGAUAAUGGAGGAUACAUGUUGACCUAUGGAGGAAUGUCCCAUCGACCCGUCAGCAUUCCAACCUCAAGUCUCAUCUUCAAGGAUAUUCAAUGCAUUGGAUUUUGGAUGCUGUAUGCAAGUCAAAGGCAUAGUCCUGAAGAAUCAGAAAGAAUGUAUAAUGAACUGAUAAAAUUGAUGGUGUCAGGACAAUUGAAAGCUCCACAUCAUACAUUCAUGCCAUUUACUCACUUCCAGGAGGCACUGGCAAACACAAUUAAUCCUAAGGGCCGUGUUGUUACAAAAUAUAUUUUAGAUUUCCAAAACUGUUAAUUUCCAAUGUUGUAUUAUUGACUUAUUUUUGAUGGUAUAUUUUAGGUGUUAAUUGUUGGCCAGUUGAAAGUUUGUGUGUUGUCAUAAAAUUUAUAUUUUUGUAGAAUGUAUUUCUACUGACUGAUUAAAUGAUAUUGAUAGUUUUAUUAUCAGAAAAUUUUCAAAAUGUGACAGUUUUCUACAUGUACUCCUAUUGAAAUUUGGUAUAAAAAAAACUUUACAUUUUCUGUAAUAUUUUAUUUUAUAACCUGACCAUGUGGG